AUGUUUUAUAACAUUAUUUAUUCUGUAAAAGUAACGUGUGAUUUACUCACAAAAGCAGAUGAGGUUUUAAGGUCAAAUAAAUCUCCUCGGAAAUCCCCUCCUUCGUCAACUCAGAGUCCGGCACGGCAAAUAGUAGGAGCACAACAUUCCUCACCGUCACCAAGCUCUCGAAAUGUUCGUUCUAAAAUUGGAUCUUUGGACAAUGCAAGGCAUACACCUGGUGGGGGAAAUUCAAAGACAUCAGGGAAGACUGGCAGAUCUAAGGAUAGUCCAAGGAAGAAAAAAGCAAAGGUUCCUGUGAAUAAAUUCAGACCAGACAUGGGCAGCGGUUUCCAUAAUCAGGUCAAAAUCAUCAACAAGAAGGAGAAAUACGAUGCAGUUCAAAGUAGGGUUGGUUCAAAGGAUAACAUCACACACAGACCAGGAGGUGGAAAUAUAAAAAUUGAAAACAAACGAUUGUCUUAUCUAGAAACUGCUAAACCAAAGGUGGGCUCUUUGGAUAAAGUCGAUCAUAAACCUGGUGGUGGAGAUAAAAAGAUCUUAGAUGAUAAACUGGAAUGGACUGUUCAACCUAAAGUGGGUUCAAAGGUCAAUAUUACCCACAAACCUGGUGGUGGAGAUAAAAAGGUAUUGGAUGAGAAAGUAGAGUGGAAUGUUCAGCCAAAAGUUGGCUCCAAGGAUAAUAUUACUCACAAACCAGGUGGUGGGGAUAAGAAGGUAAUGGAUGAGAAAUUAGAGUGGAUUGCUCAGCCAAAAGUUGGCUCCAAGGAUAAUAUUACUCACAAACCAGGUGGUGGGGAAAAGAAGAUUGAAGACCAGAAAUUAGAAUGGAAAGCUGGAUCCAAAGUAGGAUCUAAAGACAACCUGAAACAUGUUCCUGGCGGUGGAGAAAUUAAGAUUUCAUCGCAAAACGUUCUUGGAAAGGAAGUUGAAUCAAACGUUGGUUGUAUUAGUGACGAAGACCACCAAGCUGUUGGUGGUAUUGCAUCAUCUCCUCCUCCUCCUUCUUCUUCACUACCACAGGUUGAAAACCAGGUACUAAAAUUCAAAGAAAAUGCAGAACCUCGAACAAACACUGGUAUUAACAAGUCGUAGCCGUAAAUGCAACUUUUAUUCCAGUUUUUUUUUUUCUUAAUUUUUUCCCCCCCAAAGUUGGCUCGGUCUGUCUUCUCUGUAUUUCAGACUGUUAAAAAUAGCUCAUCCAACCCAACAAAUAUACAUACAUACACACAUAUAUAU